AUCAAGAAACCAGAGGAGCAUGCUCUAUGGCAGCGAUGCAACGACAUGGUCUUGUCCUGGAUUCUCAACUCUCUUGAACCAGACCUUGCUGAUUCGGUCCUCUCCUGCACAACACCUCAUGCAAUUUGGGAGGACCUUAGGGAACGCUUUGCCUUGGGAAACGCCCCACGUAUCUUCCAGGUUCAAAGAGACAUCUACAAGAUUGAACAAGGCCAAUUGUCAAUCGCUGCUUAUUAUACCAAGUUGAAAGCACUUUGGGAUGAACUUGCCUCAUACAAUACAGUGGAUAAUUGCACUUGUGGGGCACAGAAUGACCGCACCAAACUCAUGCAAUUCCUCAUGGGCUUGAAUGAAUCGUAUGCAGGUACUCGUGGUCAAAUUUUGCUAAUGAAUCCAUUACCUUCUGUGAGACAGGCCUAUGCUUCAGUAACUCAGGAAGAGAAGCAGCGAGAACUUGGUGUUGCUGCCCUUGCUCCAUCCAAUGCAGCAGCAAUGGCCGUUCGUAACUAUCCUAGGCCAGGAUUGAUACCUCGUCGCAAUCCUGGCAACCCAGGAUUGAUACCUCGUCGCAAUCCUGGCAAUCAAGGCAGCAGUUCUCGCAAUCACACUCCAGUUCAAUGCACCUAUUGUGACAAAUUUUAUCAUACUGAGGAGAAUUGUCACAGGAAACAUGGCUUUCCACCUGGUCAUCGGCUCUAUAAACGCAAUCCACAACAAGGAAAUCGACCUCCACCACACAAUGAUGCCUCUGCUAAUCAUGUUGAUUGCACACCUUCAUUUAAGGAGCUGCAAGCCACACUUCCCAACCUGACUGAAGAUCAAUACACUCAGGUUAUCGCUGCAUUGAAUCCGAAGCCACCAACUCCUCAGGCUAAUGCCGCUUCUGCUACAGAGUUUGCUUCAGGAUUUGGCUACGAGGAUGAUGAUUGGUGUGGGUAAGCGACGUGGAAAUUUAUACUAUCUUGUGGCGUUGUCUUCCUCCAUUCCUACCACCCAUCCCUUUGCCGGUCACAU